AUGACGGAACGAGGUUCAAAAUGGGCGCGGGUAUCAAUAUUUUAUUAUUUUCUAUCAUUUGCUAUACUAGAAACCGACUCACAAUACAUUGUUGAUGUUGUAAGUUAUCUUAUUUCAAAAGUUUCUGGAAGUCACAAAACAUGGUGUUAUCAUUUGACAAACCGGAAAUGUUCUAAUCAAUAAAAAAAUUGUGAAUUUUGCAGUACCGAAAUCAGCCUGGAGACGACGAAGUUGUACAAAAAUGUGCGGCAUCUGAUGCUGAUUUUGGAGGAGAUGUUACCGAUUUCAUCAUGUCUGAUCAGAACCAUGGAUGUGGUGUUUUGGUAACACCAGACGACGCGUGUAAACCAAUCACGGUAAAUUUUUGAUUUAAAAAUGGUCUUUGACCUCUAUGACAAAUGCAUAUCACAAAAAAUUUGGUUAUGACUAGUCAUAAACUGCCACGUCAUCAACCCCUGUGAACCAGACCACCAACAGGAGAAAAAAAAUGAGAAAUGAGUUUCAGAAGAACACUGCUGGGGGCUAAUUUUCAAAAUUACCAACGUUUUUGUCAUUCUGAUCAGGAAGACAUUUUCUGGGAGGUUUUGGAAAAUCAGAAGAUCAGAAAAAUGUCUGUGUUUGGAAGAUUAGAAGUUCGAUGCUUGAUCUUUGAAGAUAGGAUAGCUCCAGAUCGUCUUUGACCUUACGAAAAUCACAGAAACCAUAAAUUAGAGUUUAUCGUAACUUCUAGUUCCAGUUUUCCUGAACCACACCCUAUUCAGGAAAAUAAUAUGAUAAGCUCAGUUUUUCAAGGGUAGUCUCAACAUUUUCCAGAAAUAGAGAUUCAUAAAAUAUCUGACGUGACAGAUGACCUCUCUGAAACAAAACAGGUUUUGAAAAAAAAAUUAUGACGAAAUGUUCGACAGAAAAAAAAAAUCUGUAGACCGAGCGAUUAAAAAUUAUAGAGAAAAUUGGAGGUUUCGAUCGGAGAUUCUAAUUUUGAAUUUGUGAAAACAAAUAAUUAAAGGUUCCCAAUGACUUUUGGUCCCAUUGAAAUCACAAGGCACAGUAUUUCCCGAAAUAAUUCCAGAACCACACCCUAAUUUUGGUUCCAGAACUAAUCUAAUUAGCCAAAAUUAUGUUUUCUUUUCAAAAAAAAAGUCGGGAGGUCUUUGAUUUUUCUAAAAAAAAAUAUCAGAGGAAGAUCAUAAAAAUAUCAAAAAUGUUGCAGUUUGCUGGAAUCCCGUGCCACAAUCCAUUUGCGCUCGUUUCCCGAAGUGACAUCAAACAUCCGUGCAAUUUUUCGAUGCAAGCAUGGAAUAUUCAAAAUUCGACGUAUCCAUUUGCAAUGGUCAUUUUCUAUAAUUAUCGCGGUGAAGAACCGUUGAAAAUGCGUGGAACUGAACCAAAAGGAAUCAAGUUGCCAUUAAUUAUGAUCACUCAUUCUUGUAUGGAAGAUAUUAGCCGAAUGUACUCGUAUAGUCAAGGGUGAGUAGUGAUCAUUGCGAGAAAUUUAUUCCGAAAAAUAUAUAAUUUUUUUGGAACUUUCUAUCAAAGUUCUGAUAAAUUCGGAAAUUUUUGUGUUUGAAAAAAGAUCCUCUGAAUUUUUUUUUCAAAAUUUGAUUUAUAGUAUUAACAUUUUGAACUUUCUCUUUCAAACUAUCAAAAAUCUUUCACCAAAAACACAAAACCCAAAAGUAGCCGAUAAAAAAAUCAUGUCAUCUAAUUAAAUCUGGCCAAAACAAAUUUAAUUGCCAAAAUUAUUUAUGAUUGCCCUUUUCUGACGAACAUACGGGAAGAACGAGAAAAAAACACAACAACAACAUAAACAGUUGUGUCGGUGUAUUUUCUUUUAUUGUAUUCUCCGCGAUUUUUUCUCCUGACAUCCACCGCUAUCAAAACUCGUGAGUGGAUGUGACGUGACGCGACAAAAAAAAGAAGGAGAAACUAGUUUUCUUGUUUCUUGCCCCCCAUGUAUGUGACUUGAUUAGGAUACCAAAAAUUGAAAACAGUAUCAACAAAAAUGUUUUACCCGAUUUGUUCCAGGUAUUACUUGCGUAUUCGAAUCGAUCCUGGAUAUUAUGAACUUUUUCGAUAUUUGAUUCCGUUUGUUGUUGUCAUCUUCUUUUGCUUUGCACUUUUCUUGAUCACUUUGGUGAGUUUGAGUUUGAAAAAAUGAGAAGACUUGGGAUUUGUCUGAAGUCUGAUGAUUCAAAAAGAUCUGUGAUAUUUUUCUCUGUAGAUCAAAUUUUGAAACUAAAGAUUUGUUUCUGGUUUCCCAGCAACAUACAUUUUGAACACUUUUUUUCUAGUGACGUUUUAUGUUCAGAGAAACACAAACAAUUAUUUUAAACAAAGAGGGAACAUUUUCUGAAUUUCAGAAUUUUUUAGAACUGAUCUGGAAUAAUUUUUAAGAAUCUGAAAUUUUUACAGAUUUUAUUACAAAUCCCCAAAACUUCCAGACUUCCAAGUUAUAGGUCAAAGAUUUUCAAAAGAUUAAAAUAUUGGUCUCCGAAACUGAAACUAGCAAUUAGUCUAUGUAUUCUUUGAAUUAUUUUUUUCUGAAAAAAUCUUUUUUUUUUUCUUGAACACUAAUGAGAUUAGCCCCGCAAAGUUCAACAAAAUCUGCAAAAACUUUGAAUGUAGUCUGGAAAAUCUGAAAUUUUGCAGUGUAUUCGAGGAUGUGUCGAACGUCGGAAACUGAACAAGCGACGACUUUCGAAGCGGAACCUCAAAAAAAUUCCUGUCAAAAAAUAUCGGGCUGGUGAUGAGCCGGACACUUGUGCAAUUUGUCUUGACGAUUUUGCGGCUGGCGAAAAGCUGCGUCAUCUUCCAUGUAGACAUGGUAAGAUUAUUGAUUGAUCUGAAAAUGAGUUGCAACAAUUUCCAUUUUUUCCAGUUUUUCAUUGUAAAUGUAUUGAUGUUUGGUUAACACAAACCCGAAAAGUUUGCCCACUCUGUAAACGAAAAAUUGGAUCGGAUUCUGAUAGUGAAGCUGGAUCAAACGAAGAUUUACGACAAAAUGCUGCCACGUCAUCCAACGGUAGGAGAAAAUUUUGGCAGGAUUUUAUAAAUAUUGUUUUUCUUUCCAGCUCCAUCUUCAUCGCGAGCUGCAGAAACCUGGAGUUCUCGAGAAGCUCUUGUUGAUCAAGAUUUAGUAUUCGUUGAACAGGCGCAUGGUGCUCAACCGAGAGUUGCUCGAACUGGUGGAUGGUUCCGAAAUUUGUUCAGAAGAUCGCAAAAUACGCAAGAAGUUGAACAUCAGGAAACACAGAAUAAUAGCGUGAAUUCGAACGAUGAGGAUGAGUUAUUGGAAAAUGAAGAGUGAGUUUGGAAGUUGAAACUUCUGAGGAAAUUCUGAAAUUAUGCUGAAUCCAUAAUGGAAAAGCCCCUCUCCCUUUCCAAAAUUUUUCAAAAAUCACUCGACAUAAAACUAAAAAUCCCUUACCCCGUAGUUUUUUGUUCCUUUUCUAAUCUAUGUACAAAUCGCAGCUUAUCCUUCACUAUGUACUCGAAAAAAAAGUUUUCAAAAAAACAAAAAGAAAUCCAUUUUUUAUCUCGCCCAAGUGCUACAAAAAUAAUAGAAAUCGUGUUUUUUUCAGACACACCUCAUUCCAUCUCGAUAGUCCUGAUAUGGUGUCUUUCAACAUGAAUCGAUCGUAUACAUCGUCUGAAAGUUCAAGUGGUUUGGAAACGUCUUCAAAUGAUACGGACACAACUUUGGAUACAGUGAUGACAAAUACGGAUACAGCCGAAAGUUCGGGACACCGUCAAGAUCCACAAGUUCAUCAAGUUUAUAAUGAAUCGACUGAUGAUGAAGUUACUAUUCGAAUGUAG